UCUAUCACAGACGUUGCCAAGAUACGGUAUUUAAUUUGAAUGUUGUGUAGCUAAGCAACAACCAUAAACAAAGGCUUAGGGGCUUGCUGAGUGCUGACAGAACUGGGUGAUGAAACUAAAAAGAUGAGGCAAACAUGUAAUAGUGAUGGUGGAGUGGGUUCCACUGAAAAUGUUAAAGCCCGGGGAAUAACUAUUUUCUCCAUAUUCGUCGACACUCCAACUGCCGCACCGAAUCCUGAAACCAAGCUAUUGGCUGACUUCAAGAAAGACACUCAUCUCAGCAAAGUGUACUUGGCGGGAAGAGAGUAUCUCAACGAGGAAGGUCAGACCUCUGUGAGCCCGCUCAUUGGGAAAAUAAUGCAACAGAUCUGCACAGACCCCACUCUCUGUCCAGAGUAUCCAUCAUCCGUUGGCCUUCCAGAAUUCACCAGGAGAGCAACAGAAUUGGUUUUGGGCAGGGACUGCCAGGCCAUCGUGGAGAACAGGGUGUUGGGUGUGCAGACUGUGGGCUGUACUGGGGCUGUUCGUCUGGGGGCUGAGCUCUUGAAGCACUGGUACAAUGUGAGAGGUGUCUGGUGUGGGCCAGUCUAUCUCUCCUCCCCCUGUGAUGAUUCCUUGGCUGGUAUCUUUGAGGCAGCAGGGAUCCAGGAUGUCCGUCGGUAUCGGUAUUGGGAUACAGAGCAGAGGGGUGUGUGUGUGCAAAAAAUGAUGGAGGAUCUGGAGAUGGCUCCAGAGCAGAGUGUCAUUGUUCUGUCUGCUUCUGCUCACUGCCCUACUGGUUCAGAUCUCUCCCAGAAGCACUGGAGACUCCUCACACAGCUUAUGGUGAGGUGUAGGUUUUUCCCUUUCUUCCUGCUGCCUGCACAGGGCCUAUGCCAUGGGGAUUUUGAACAAGAUGCCUGGCCAGUACGUCUGUGUGCCUCUCUGGGGAUGGAGCUUCUGUGUGCCCAGUCCUUCUCCCACAGCUUUGGGCUUUACGGCGAGCGCGUUGGACACCUCUUAUGUGUCCUAAAGCAGAGCUCCACACUGCUAGCUGUUCAGUCCCAGGCCGAGAAGCAGGUCAGGGCUUUGUGGUCCCGGCCAUCUGUUGGAGGAGCUCGUGUGGUUGCCACGGUGCUCAGUAACCCUGCCCACCAUGUGGAGUGGCAGGAAGGAGUGAAGAGUAUGGUGGAGAGGGGCAUACUGGUCAGAGAGAGAUUGAGAGAGAAGCUAAGGCUUCUUGGAUGUCCUGGCAGCUGGGAUCACCUGAUCCAGCAAGGUGGACUGUACUGUUGCACUGGGAUGAAUGCAAAUGACGGAGAUUUGGGCCUGUUCCCGGGAAAGCAGUAUGUCCUUCAAGUCGGGCUCGUCAGACUCAUUAAAGGAGAAAAAAACUUCUGCCAGUUCGUGUCCAACAAGUGGAAUUCCUGGAAAAGAGAAGACAUAUCUACCUGCAUCCCAAUGGCUGUCUGAAUGUGAGUGCUAUCAAUAGCCGUAACCUAGACUAUGUAGCUGAGUCCAUCCACCUAGCAUUGACCUCUGUCUUCUGAUGUCGAUUACAAUACCUGGGGCCUCAUUUAUAAAACGGACUUUUGAUCAAAAGUAUGACUUACGCAGAAAACCACGUAUAAGUAGUUAUUUAUAAAAACUUUACUUUGACGUGGAAAUGAUCUCAUCCCUACGCAAAGUCUAGACUUGAUGUAGGUGACUUUCCUGCUGGUUAUGUAGGGCUAUUCUUUUUUCCCCUUGCAGUUUAAGGUCAGACACUUUCUUUUUCACAUCAGCCACAGUUCUGUCUUGCUGCCCCGCCUCGUUCACUGCAGCGGCGACACACUCCCAAGCUACCUGUUUGGCUUUGUUUGUCAACCCACCGAAUAAUACGUGCUUCCUGUCUUCAAUCUCGUCUACCAUCGCUGUGAUCUCGUCUUUCAAAAAGUUUGCUUUUCUCUUUUGGUCCAUGGCUAUUCCUGACUAAACUCUCAUUUGUGCUAGCAUUCUAUAAGGGGAAAUCACUGAUUGUAAGGCACGUUCAUGUGCCGUCAAUUUUAAGUUAAUUUUAGAUUUAUAGAUCACAGGUGCGUACGUUACAAAAUGGGCUUCUUAGAACUUGUGUAAGCAAGGUUUUUUAUGCUCAUUAUCUUUUAUGAAUCGAAUGUAAGCACACCGUCGGAAAUGAUCUUACGACUAAGUUCAAGUAUAAAUGAGGCCCCUGGUGACAGCCUCCAUAAAAUCCUUAUUCAGCUUGACUAAAUCAUGUGAAGGAAGCAUCUUUAUGUCACAUACAAUACCAAACGAAUUAGGGCUGGAUGCAUAAGGAAAAUGUCUGUUAUCAUUUAUUGAAACAAAUUAACAAUUGACUUUAGAAUGUAGAGUGUAACAUCCAAGCGUUAAAUUAGAGGUAGGGAUUAGGGAAUAUGAAUUAUGGCAUAUGGUAUUUUCAACCUACAUAGCUGGAACAUAUUGUAGACUUAUAGUUGUGGUGUGGUAGUCCAGUAAGGAGCACUCUUUCCUCUGGUCCAAGUAGAUCCUAAUGCCCUAGUUGGGUAAAAGGGUUCUUGUGUAGUCAAGACAAGGGUCCAUCUUUUGGAUGAGAUGUUAAAUAGAGACAACUAUUGUGACACUUACAAUAUGGAGGUAGUAGAGGGAUUGUCCUAGCCAAGUUCCCAGUCGGAUUCUAGUAGGCCUAUCAGUCUGCCAUUUAAUAAUCUUUGAAUUCUUCAUCCUCUUCACUGCAAUGACUAUUAUUUGUGCUCACAGAACACUCACAGGACACUGCCCAAUUGGAUAGUUUCACCCUUUUGUAAUUUUUAACAUGUUAUUUUAACUGUAGUGAUAACGUAACCAUGAAGUUAUUAAGGUCAACUUUUUUAGUUCUUUAUUGACCAAUUUAUUUUAUACUGUAGCCUAUUGUUUGUGGCACAUUGAAAGAUGUUAUUUUGAAUGCAUACAGGUAGUUCCAUGGUAGAAGGUCAAAUAAAUGUGCAGUGACAAAUAAUUAAAAACCUUCUUAAAACCUUUAAGAUGAAGUGUACUAUACCAAUUUUCAUAAUAAGAUGGUGCUCAUGUCAUUAGGAAAUAAAUCCAUGUUGUUUACCUGAA